AUGCAAACCAGGCUCGAUCGCGAGGAAGAGGCGGAGGAGAUGAGCAAGCUUUGGCACGACGACCCGGCGACGUGGCUCGAGCGAAGCAAGACGCAGUGGAGCGCGAGACAUCGAGCGAGCGUGUACGCGAAACAGAAGGCCAUGGGCGUGGCGAAUCCGAGCACGACGGGACACGCGUCGCGAGCGCAGGGAGGGACGUCGAGCUCGACGGUGAAGACGACGAGGAAGAAUCGCGCGGCGGGCGAACCGUUGGUGCAACUGGGCGAACGCGGCAAGGCGGGCAUCGGAAAGAUAUCGUGCUCGCUGGUGGAUUUGAUCCAGUCGGGGCUGUUGAAGAGUGGUGCGGAGAAAAUGUUCAUCGUGUAUCAAGAUAACGUGUGGAAGGGCGAUCUCGGGGAGGACGGGGUGAUCACGUUUCAAGGGCAGCGGUUCACGAGUCCGAGCGCGUGGGCGAUUUUCGCCAAACGUUUAACGAACCCGACGAAGAAGGCUGACGACGGAUGGAAGAGCGCACGGUACGGCGAUCCCGAUGGACCGACUUUAGAUCAAGUGAAAGGGGAGUACGCGAGAAUCAAUCAGUUGAAGUUGGCGGGGUUGGAGGUGCAAGUGGAGGAGGCGUCGCGAACGCUCACGGCGGAAGCGUCGGCGGCAAAGGCAGCCGGUGGAGCCGCGGAUUCGCCUCGCGCUACUCGUAAACGCAAAGCAGCCGGCGUCGUUACGGCAUCCGCGGACGACAUGUCGUGGACGGUAAAGUUUCCAGGAUGCGAAUUCGGCGCGCCAGAGCCGUACGCCGGGACGGUGGCGGACGAAAACAUGGACUUCAAAGGCUUAGUGGGCAAGUACGUCUGCGUGUUUCGCGAAUGCGCUGGCGAUAAAAGCUGGUGGGCGGCGAAAGUAAUCAAGGUGCGCGACCUAGACACCCACGCGGAGGCGGACUUGCUAUUUUCAGACGCGAAAAUUGAACGAGAGGUCGACGUGGAGUCGCUCGCGAGCGAAGGCGAACUCGUCGUGUUGGACGAAUGCUGA